AUGGACCGUUUAAAAGAUAGCCACCGACUUACUUAUCUCAAAGUCGAAGAUCCGCUCGACAGCGCCCCGGGCACGCCACGGCCGUUAUCGCCAAACGAGCAGCACGCGUUCGAGCAGGGGCAGCAGCACGCGCAACAACAUGCGUUCGAGCAGGCGUAUGCGCACUCGCAGCUAUCGCCCGGGUUCUGGGGCGCCGGGUGGUCGUGGGAGAUUGUCAGCUGUGUGAUAGCAGUCGGGUCGCUGGCGGGGAUUAUCGUGGUGUUGUAUAUUUUCGACGGACAGAGUACGCCGGAUUGGCCUUAUGGGAUUACGCUGAACGCGCUGAUUUCCGUGUUGGUGACCGUGAUGAAGGCGGCGAUGGCGUUUCCGAUUACCGAGGCGUUGUCGCAGCUCAAGUGGUCGUGGUUCAAUGAGGGGAAUAAGUUGAGUGAUUUGGCGUUGUUGGAUGCGGCUAGUCGGGGAGCUGUGGGAGCUGUUGUCGUUCUUUUUAGAUUUAUUCCGAGGCAUCUGGUUACAAUUGGGUGUUUUAUUAUCGUCAUCGCUUCGGCGAUUGCCCCGUUCGUGCAGCAGGUCAUCGCUAUCGAUAUGCGACCGGUACACUCGCCUGAGCGUUCGUCGAUCCAAAUCUGCAACUCUAGCGAGUACAAUGACUGGGGCGAGGGUGCCGGGCCGGGAAUGAACAAGGUGCCGCUCUCGACAACGGGCGCGAUCUACACCGGUAUCUUCGAAAGCUCAAGUCCAAACAGCAACAGUAUCACAAUGGAUUGUCCGACAGGAAACUGCACAUUCGCACCGUACCAGUCCCUUGGCUUCUGCAGCAAGUGCGUCAACAUCACAAACUCGCUGGACCUGAACAAGACCGGCUUUGGCACGAUCGAGAACUACAAGUACACACUGCCGAACAACUGGAACUUUACCACAUCGAGCAACAUGAUGUACCUCAUGAAUGCGACAUCAGAUCGCAGUUUCGUCCAGCUCGACCCAACUGGCUGGCCACUGGUCAACAACUUCACAGCCAUCGCAGCUGGAGGCUACGGAGUGCCCCCGGACAUCAGCGCAACAGAAUGCGCCCUCUCCUUCUGCGUCAAGUCAUACGAAGCAUCAGUAAAGAACGGCAAAUUCAGCGAGAAACUCAUCGACACGGACACAACAUCCAACUACACCUGGGGCUCAUCAACGCAAAACAUCGCCCUAACGCCAAAAACAUGCUACUACAACGGAAGCACAUACCACCAACCCUACGACAACGAACACUGCACCUUCGGCGUCAGCUGGCUCAGUCAGAUAGCCAUGAGCAACUCACUCCGUCCCCUGCUAAAGGGCAAGGGUUCGUUAUUCGUCAGCAACCGCCCUUCCUGGUCCUCCGACACCGCGCGCGCAAUCUACGGUGAAACGGGCAACCUCACUGAAAUAAGCAGCAUGUUCGACUCUCUCGCCUCCGCGUUAACAACACACGCCCGCUCAAAAGUCUGCGCCGCAACCACCAACGGGACAACCUGGACCGUCGAAUCGUACGUCCACGUGCGCUGGCUGUGGAUGAUUCUCCCCAUUUCGCUGGUGGCGUUCACAUUGAUUUUCUUCAUCGCGACGAUUUGGAAUACGCGCAAUCAGUUCAUUUGGAAGAGUAGUCCGUUGGCACUGCUGUUUUCGAAUGUCGAUGCUCCGGAGGUGCAUCCGGACUUGAGUAAGAUGGAGAAGACGAGUCAGAAGAUCAAGGCCAAGUUGGAGACAACGGCUAAUGGGGUGCGGUUGAGGCAUCAUCCUUAG